AUGCGACGCGGAGGCGGAGGCAGGGGAAGUGGAGGUAAAGGAGGGCGAGGAGUAGGAGGAGGUGGAGCGGGCUCCGGCCGCAGGGACGCGCGCCACGGCGGCGUCUCCUACCGCGACGACCGGGGUAGGCGCUCCGACUACCGCUCCCGCCGCACCCAGUCCCCGGACCGCCGCCCGCGCCGCCCCAGGGGCGAGGACAACGACGGCGACUGUAGCCCGCCCCGCGGCGGCCGCACCGGCUACGGCGACCGUAGCCCGCCCCGCGGCGGCCGCAUCGGGUACGGCGACCGCAGCCCGCCCCGUGGCGGCCGCAUCGGCUACGGCGACCGCAGCCCGCCCCGGCGGGAGCGCGCGGGCUACGGCGACCGCGACGCCCCGCCCCGCCGUGGGCAUGCGCCGCACAAGGAUGCCUUCGGCCCGCCGGGCGGCGAUCGCCACGCCUCUCCCCGCGGGCGCAGGGAAUACGGCGAUAGCCGCGUCUCGCCCCGCGGGGCCAGGGACUACGAAAGGGCGCCCUACCGCGAGGAGCGCGACAGGCACGACUGCCCUGGCCGCGUUGCCGAUCUCGGCCACGACUCCUCGCCGGCCUACAUGCUCCCUGACCACCCUUCCGACCUGGGACGUCCGGCAUCCCUGCGCGCCGGGAGGAAGGAAAGCGACUAUUUUGGCGGCUCUGGCGACCGUAGCCUUCUCAAGGACGACUACCUUGGGGGCAGCCCUGGUACAAUGAACAUCGGAAAGGAGAACGAGUUCCUUGGCAACGGUGUUGUGACCCUCAGAAUAAGUGCAACUGAAAUGGGAAGGACAAGCGCCAUGUACUCCCAGGACCGCAGGUUGUCGCCUCCACCACCUCUGUAUCCCUCUGUGCCGCACGAGACUGGAUUCUUGACAGGAGGAUCUGCCAUGAAGGCCAGUGAUAUUUAUGGUGCGGGAAGCACCCAGCGGCUGCAUGAUGAUGGCAAUUUUAAGUACCACAAGAAUGUCCCAUACAUUGAGAGGAGUAGAGAUACUGAGAGGCAUUAUUCUGGCAGUAGGGACUUAGUUGUUGAGAAAGGUGGAGGUGCAGAAAGGUUUUAUUCUGCUGAUGAUGUGCCUGCUGGGAGGAUUAGAGAAAUGGAGAGGCUUUACUCUAGUAGGGGUAUGCUGGAGUCUGACCUGGUUCUUGGUGAUCCUUCCUCAUCCUUGCCUGCCAAGGACCACCAUCCAUACAGGAUGUGCACUGAACCUGGCUACGAGACAAGCAACGGAUACAACAUGGAUGGCCUUGGCAGGUCGUCUCAUGACUCACUGGGGUAUGGGAGUGGUCAUCCUCAUAGGUUAUCAGGAAGUCCAUUAGAGCAUGGCAGUGGUCAUGGUGAUGAAACAUUACUGGAUAUUGCAAGGCAGGCACACUCUAGGCAUAGACCAAGAGCUGCAUCCUUGGAGUAUGAUGGACAUGAUACAUAUACUGCAUCAGAGAAUAUACGUGGGAAUGUCCCACUGGAUUCAAGGCACAUAUCGGGCUCAACAUCUUUGAGAGGUCUCAGGGAUGAAAGGAUUAACGACAAUCUGAGGUUAUCCCAUAGGACUAAAGAAGACAAGGGUAGCUUUGAAGCCAUGCAUCAGGACACAGAUCACUUAAUUCAACAUCCUUAUGACGGCGGUGCUUCUGUACAGUACCCAACAGCAAGGGGCUCCCCUGGAACUGAACCUAUUGGAAUUGUGAGGCGGGCAGCCCGUCAGCAUGAGUUUGAUUCCUUUGGUUACUCAAGUGACCAAGAAGCUUCCCUUAUGGUUUCUAGGAAAAGAUGCAGAAGUCCUGAAUAUCAUGAUCAUGAGAUAGAUGUGUAUCAAGCUGAUCAUGGGUUUGCAGGACAUGAGCACUAUGAUGAUGAUAUUGAUGAAUAUGAUCUACCCCCACCAAGAAUGUCACGAUAUGACAUGUUUGAGUUUGUUGAUGAUGAAUAUGAUGCAAGACAUGAUGUGCCAACUAAUGGUGAUGUUUUCUCAAGGCUUGCUUUGCCACAUGAAACCAAUGGGGAAUGGACUGAUAUGGAUCGGGGGAACCAUCCUCACUCUGACAUCUUGGGUUAUGGGUAUUCAAAACACGUACCUAUGUAUCAGAGGCUGUCUAGACCCAAUUCUCACUCACAAUUUGGGGAAGCUCCCAUGCAUGGAAGAGGAAGAGGAAGAGGAAGAGGAUUAGGAAGAGGAGGAUUGACUAAGAGUGCAAAAAAGAGACUGAGAACUGCUCCUCAUCAGUUCAAUGCAAAAGAUGAACCUAAUGGUUCUGAAGUAAAGCAUGAAGAUGCUCCAGAGUACGAGGAUCCUCCUCUGCAGAAAGAUCCACCAGAAGGUUCAGAGGAGUUCAGUAAACAGGUUGAGGAAGCAUUUCUUAAGUACGCAAAGAUAUUAAAUGAGAGUCCAGCUACGCAGAAGAAAUACCGUGAGGCAUCAAAAGGAUCUUUGUCUUGCUCUGUCUGUCGCAGUGUUGCGAGGAAGUUUCCAGACCUUGAUGCACUGCUAUCACAUGCUUAUGAUACAUGCAAGGCCGGUUUGAAGACAAAACACUUGGGGUUUCACAAAGCACUCUGUGUUCUGAUGGGGUGGAAUUGGCAUGUUGCUCCAGACACAUCUAAAGCCCAUCACUCCAUUCCAUCUGAGGAAGUAAAUGCCAUGAGGGGAGACCUCAUGCUGUGGCCUCCAGUUGUCGUGAUACAUAACAGCUCGACUGGUAAUGAGGCAAAGGAUACUGGUGCAAAGAUUGUGUCCAUAGAAGAAAUUGAAGGUGUAUUGGCAGACAUUGGGGUACCGCCUGAGAUGGCGAGGGUUAGCCAUGGAAUACCAGCCAAUCAGAGCGUGUUCCUGGUGAAGUUCCAGCCGACGAUAUCCGGGUUUCAGGAAGCCAUGAGAGUGCAUACCCAUUUCUCAAGCAGAAACCAUGGCAAGGAAGAGUUCCAGCUGAUGAGAGGCAGCAAAGGUAAGAAGGCUGCCUCUACUGAGAGCCUGGAGAAGGUGCUGUAUGCCCAUAUUGGGGUCGUGGAAGACCUGGGACUUCUUGAUGAGGGAACGAAGAAGAGAUGCAAGCUAAUGACAUCACAUUACCAGAAUUCCGGGGACCCAUGGAUGCCUUGUGUCAACAGUAGGCUGACUCGAUCAGAGUUGCCACCCUCAAAUGGCUAUCUCAUGAUAGAAGCAAAUGGUCGUCUAAAUCAACAACGGCUUUCUAUCUGUGAUGCUGUUGCUGUGGCCAGCUUGCUUAAUGCAACUCUUGUGAUCCCAACAUUUCAUCUGAAUAGCGUCUGGCGUGAUCCUAGCAAAUUUGGUGAUAUAUUUGAUGAAGAUCAUUUCAUUGAGUCACUCAAAGAACAUGUAAGGGUUGUGAAGAAACUUCCUGAAGAUGUUUUGCUGCGCUUCAAUCAUAAUAUCAGCAGCAUACCAAAUAUGAGAACUAAAGCCUACUCAUCUCCAAACCACUAUGUGCAAAAUGUUCUUCCAAAACUGCUGGAGUUAGGGGUUGUGCGCAUAGCCCCAUUCUCAAACAGAUUCGCCCAGUCAGUUCCAUUGAACAUCCAGGCCUUGAGGUGUUUGGGGCACUCGUCUCAGCUAGCAGCAUUAGAUUACACUGUCUGCGUUCAGAGCGAAGUGUUUGUGACAACUCAAGGGGGGAACUUCCCUCACUUUCUGAUGGGGCACAGGCGCUACCAGUUUGGGGGGAAUGCGAAGACAAUAAAACCAGACAAGCGGAAGCUGGUCUUAUCUUUUGAUGAUCCCAAUAUCAGAUGGGAUCAGUUCAAGCAGAACAUGCAGGAAAUACUGCAUCACAGCGACAUGAAGAGCAUUGCAUUCAGGAAACCAAACGAUUCGGUGUACACAUUCCCAAUGCCUGAUUGCAUGUGUCAGCAAGAUGGGAUGAUAUAG